AUGGCGACGCAAGAAGCGGUUCAGGAAGAGCAAGAGAUGCAGCAGGGGCAGGGGGACGAGGCGGAGGCGGAGGGAGAGGCAGAAGCAUCACCAGCAGCACCAGCACCAGCACCAGCACCAGAAUUUUCCUUGCCGCAGCGGCAGCAGCAGCAGGAGAAGCCACCAGCCGUCUUGUCGUUUCAAGACGUGGCGAUAGCUGCAGUCAAAGGGAGCGGUUUGGUGUCCCACCACUUGCACUCCUUUAAUCGCUUCCUGCGCCGCCUCCCUCGCAUCGUGGCUGGCCACAGGCCAGUUCAGGUACACAUUCCUUUGAAGGUCAGUGACACAAUCACCCCUGCCAACCCGCGCAAUCACAAUCUCGAUACUGUCACAUCUCGGGUGGUGGGCGUGGGCGUGCGGAUCUUCCUCCAAGACUCCAAUUUCACUCGCCCACUUGUUCAUCCUUUUGGGAUAGUAAAUCUGGGUGAUACUGCUGCUGCUGCUGCACCAGUGACGAGCUCGCUAGCUGGUAACGGAGCAGAUUAUAACGAGGAUGUGGAUGCGCGGCGUGAGCAUCGGACGUACAGUGGGGAUCUGUGGGGAUCGGUGCGCAUUCAGGUGUUUGAAACGGUGGAGCGCGGUCGAAAGGUGCAUCUGGGGUCGGUCCCCGUGAUGCUGAAAUCCGAUGCGUGCCAUCUCAACGGCCUACCAGAAGAGGACACGUGGCACAAGGAGGAGUGCCCCAAGGACCGAGGGGGCUACUUCAUUGUGAAGGGGAUGGAGAAGGUAGUCAUUCCCCAGCUCGUGCGAGCACCCAACACCAUCCUAGUCGAGCCCGCACCUCCCCUUUCCGCUUCUGCUGCUGCCAGAGCUGCUUCCAUGGGCGGCUGGGCAGCAGAGGGGGAGGGAGUGUGGAGGGACGAGUGGACAGUAUCUGUUGUUUCUACUGAGGAUGAUAUGGGAGGGUUCAAGGCAGGGCCGCGGGCAAGAUAUAUGUAUGUCUUAUCUGUUGUUUCUACUGAGGAUGAUAUGGGAGGGCUCAAGGCAGGGCCGCGGGCAAGAUAUAUGAUGAUGAGGAUGACCUGUUCAGCUCUUGUUCCACCUCAUGCCAGCUCAGCGCCUGCAGCUGCCACAUCAGCAACCAGCGCAAGCACUCCCCGUAUCCUUCAAAUCCAUCUGUCGUGUUUCAGCUGCCCGGUCAAUCUCUUCCUCUUCCUCCGCGCUCUAGGAGUUAGCACCCAGCAGGCUGCUCUUGCUUCUCUCGAGUCUCUAACUCACAGCAACAGGCUCUCAGCGUGGGACCUCCUGGCCAAUGACAUGCUGCCACAUGUUGGCUCGGGGCCUGCCUCUCUCCCCGCCAAGGCGCAGUUCGUUGCAUACAUGGCUCGCCGCCUCUGCUCCACCUGCCUCGGAUACACCCCUCCGGUGAGUCUUGAAGUUGCCUGCACAGUUACACAGUUUCCACCGCUCUCCCGGCCAAGGCGCAGUUUGUUGCUCACAUGGCUCGAAGGCUCUACUCCACCUGCCUCGGAUACACCCCUCCGGCUGCAGUGUCGCGCGUUUGUGAAUAAAGACUGUGUUUCGCUGCGAUUGGAGCCGGCACUAGCAACCGGAAACUGGCAUCCGCCCCGGUCCUACACCCGAGCCAAAGGCGGCAGGUUCGGCGGCGGCAGCCAGGUUAGGUUCGGCAGCGGGUGGUACGGGACGAGCAGCAGCAGUCUGCAUGCGAGCGAGCCGCUGAACCGGCUGUCUGCUGCCAUGGCAUUGUCGCAGCUCAGAAGGAUGGAGGUGCCUUCUAAUCGAUCCAACACCUCUUCUGCUGCCAGGAAAAUCCAUGCGACUUUUUUUGGCCGCAUAUGCCCGCUGGAAACCCCCAAGUCCGAGGCAAUAGGGUUCUCCCUCAACCUAGCCCUUGCUACCUGCGUCUCUGGGGAGGGGGGAGAGGAGGCUGAAGAGGAUAAGGAGGAAGACGGGAAAGACAAGGAAGGAGGUGGUGCGAAAGCGGUUGAGAGUGGUGGUGGUGAUGAUGACAUAUGGAAUUUGGAGGAUAUUGGUGAUGGUGCUGAUAAUCCUUGGGCUUUGGACAAGGAUGGUGGUGGUGGGAUGCAGGAGAACGAUGGGACGGGUGUGAAGGGUGAUGUGGCGUUUGGUGAUUGGUGGCUGGUGAAGGAGCUGCAGACACGUGGGAUGGUCCUCCUGGAGGGCGAGGGGGUGAGAAGAGGAGGAGGGGGAGGGGAGGUGUGGGUGAAUGGGCGGCCAGUUGGGUGGCAUGCUGACCUGGCAGAGCUGACUAGGCUGCUGAGGACGAAGAGACAGAAGGGCGCCAAGAGAUACAGAGAGAUCGGCAUGGCCUAUCACCCCGCCCUGCACGCCCUCCACCUCGCCUCCUCCCCUGGUCGCAUCCUCCCUGUGCUGUGCCAUGGUGCCUCGUGCAUUGACUCUUGUAUUUUCCACACCACCUUCCCCCCUCCCCAACCCCAUCUUCCCCCUGUCAGCUCGGCAUGGCCUAUCACCCCGCCCUGCACGCCCUCCACCUCGCCUCCUCCCCUGGUCGCAUCCUCCCUGUGCUGUGCCAUGGUGCCUCGUGCAUUGACUCUUGUAUUUUCCACACCACCUUCCCCCCUCCCCAACCCCAUCUUCCCCCUGUCAGCUCGGCAUGGCCUAUCACCCAGCCCUGCACUCCCUCCACCUCGCCUCCUCCCCUGGUCGCAUCCUCCCUGUGCUCUCGGCAUGGCCUAUCACCCAGCCCUGCACUCCCUCCACCUCGCCUCCUCCCCUGGUCGCAUCCUCCCUGUGCUGUGCCAUGGUGCCUCGUGCAUUGACUCUUCCCUGCACUCCCUCCACCUCGCCUCCUCCCCUGGUCGCAUCCUCCCUGUGCUGUGCCAUGGUGCCUCGUGCAUUGACUCUUCCCUGCACUCCCUCCACCUCGCCUCCUCCCCUGGUCGCAUCCUCCCUGUGCUGUGCCAUGGUGCCUCGUGCAUUGACUCUUGUGGUGCGGCACGGAAUGUUCGGCAGCAGUCUCCAGACUCCACCCUGUCUCUGUCGUCAUUUCUUGACCCGCCGGGUGUUAACGCAUCUGCUCGUUACUCGCACAUGGAGAUUCAUCCUGAGCUCGUGUUUGGAGUGAUUGCGUCGGCCCUGCCCUUCGUGAAUCACAACGGCGUGUCUCGCAGCACUGGGGCUGCUCACAUGUUCAAACAGGUAUGCUUGAGGUGUGUUCUAAGACAUCUGCUCACCUUCUCUCAUCUGCUCAUUCAUCCGGAGCUCAUGUUUGGCGCCAUUGCAUCGGCUUUCCCUUUUGUGAAUCACAAAGGCGUUUCCCGCUCCGCAGCAAAGGCCAUGGGCAUGCCAUCAUACAACCUCCCCCAUCCUUUCCAACAGGCCAUGGGCAUGCCAUCAUACAACCUCCCCCAUCCUUUCCAACAGGCCAUGGGCAUGCCAUCAUACAACCUCCCCCAUCCUUUCCAACAGGCCAUGGGCAUGCCAUCAUACAACCUCCCCCAUCCUUUCCAACAGGCCAUGGGCAUGCCAUCAUACAACCUCCCCCAUCCUUUCCAACAGGCCAUGGGCAUGCCAUCAUACAACCUCCCCCAUCCUUUCCAACAGGCCAUGGGCAUGCCAUCAUACAACCUCCCCCAUCCUUUCCAACAGGCCAUGGGCAUGCCAUCAUACAACCUCCCCCAUCCUUUCCAACAGGCCAUGGGCAUGCCAUCAUACAACCUCCCCCAUCCUUUCCAACAGGCCAUGGGCAUGCCAUCAUACAACCUCCCCCAUCCUUUCCAACAGGCCAUGGGCAUGCCAUCAUACAACCUCCCCCAUCCUUUCCAACAGGCCAUGGGCAUGCCAUCAUACAACCUCCCCCAUCCUUUCCAACAGGCCAUGGGCAUGCCAUCAUACAACCUCCCCCAUCCUUUCCAACAGGCCAUGGGCAUGCCAUCAUACAACCUCCCCCAUCCUUUCCAACAGGCCAUGGGCAUGCCAUCAUACAACCUCCCCCAUCCUUUCCAACAGGCCAUGGGCAUGCCAUCAUACAACCUCCCCCAUCCUUUCCAACAGGCCAUGGGCAUGCCAUCAUACAACCUCCCCCAUCCUUUCCAACAGGCCAUGGGCAUGCCAUCAUACAACCUCCCCCAUCCUUUCCAACAGGCCAUGGGCAUGCCAUCAUACAACCUCCCCCAUCCUUUCCAACAGGCCAUGGGCAUGCCAUCAUACAACCUCCCCCAUCCUUUCCAACAGGCCAUGGGCAUGCCAUCAUACAACCUCCCCCAUCCUUUCCAACAGGCCAUGGGCAUGCCAUCAUACAACCUCCCCCAUCCUUUCCAACAGGCCAUGGGCAUGCCAUCAUACAACCUCCCCCAUCCUUUCCAACAGGCCAUGGGCAUGCCAUCAUACAACCUCCCCCAUCCUUUCCAACAGGCCAUGGGCAUGCCAUCAUACAACCUCCCCCAUCCUUUCCAACAGGCCAUGGGCAUGCCAUCAUACAACCUCCCCCAUCCUUUCCAACAGGCCAUGGGCAUGCCAUCAUACAACCUCCCCCAUCCUUUCCAACAGGCCAUGGGCAUGCCAUCAUACAACCUCCCCCAUCCUUUCCAACAGGCCAUGGGCAUGCCAUCAUACAACCUCCCCCAUCCUUUCCAACAGGCCAUGGGCAUGCCAUCAUACAACCUCCCCCAUCCUUUCCAACAGGCCAUGGGCAUGCCAUCAUACAACCUCCCCCAUCCUUUCCAACAGGCCAUGGGCAUGCCAUCAUACAACCUCCCCCAUCCUUUCCAACAGGCCAUGGGCAUGCCAUCAUACAACCUCCCCCAUCCUUUCCAACAGGCCAUGGGCAUGCCAUCAUACAACCUCCCCCAUCCUUUCCAACAGGCCAUGGGCAUGCCAUCAUACAACCUCCCCCAUCCUUUCCAACAGGCCAUGGGCAUGCCAUCAUACAACCUCCCCCAUCCUUUCCAACAGGCCAUGGGCAUGCCAUCAUACAACCUCCCCCAUCCUUUCCAACAGGCCAUGGGCAUGCCAUCAUACAACCUCCCCCAUCCUUUCCAACAGGCCAUGGGCAUGCCAUCAUACAACCUCCCCCAUCCUUUCCAACAGGCCAUGGGCAUGCCAUCAUACAACCUCCCCCAUCCUUUCCAACAGGCCAUGGGCAUGCCAUCAUACAACCUCCCCCAUCCUUUCCAACAGGCCAUGGGCAUGCCAUCAUACAACCUCCCCCAUCCUUUCCAACAGGCCAUGGGCAUGCCAUCAUACAACCUCCCCCAUCCUUUCCAACAGGCCAUGGGCAUGCCAUCAUACAACCUCCCCCAUCCUUUCCAACAGGCCAUGGGCAUGCCAUCAUACAACCUCCCCCAUCCUUUCCAACAGGCCAUGGGCAUGCCAUCAUACAACCUCCCCCAUCCUUUCCAACAGGCCAUGGGCAUGCCAUCAUACAACCUCCCCCAUCCUUUCCAACAGGCCAUGGGCAUGCCAUCAUACAACCUCCCCCAUCCUUUCCAACAGGCCAUGGGCAUGCCAUCAUACAACCUCCCCCAUCCUUUCCAACAGGCCAUGGGCAUGCCAUCAUACAACCUCCCCCAUCCUUUCCAACAGGCCAUGGGCAUGCCAUCAUACAACCUCCCCCAUCCUUUCCAACAGGCCAUGGGCAUGCCAUCAUACAACCUCCCCCAUCGCGCCAAUCGCACGCUCUUCGCCUUGCACUAUCUGCAGGCCCUAGCCGCCCCUGCCCAUACCACUUUUCCUCUUUGCUCUUUCCCACCUUUCCCCCGCCCUAGCCGCCCCUGCCCAUACCACUUUUCCUCUUUGCUCUUUCCCACCUUUCCCCCGUCUCCCCAACAGGCCAUGGGCAUGCCACCAUACAACCUCCCACAUCGCUCCAACCGCACCCUUUUCUCUCUGCACUACCUCCAGCGGCCCCUCCUGAUUCCUCCUUUGUUUCCUAUCUCCCCUUUUCCCCUUCUCCUCAACCCUCCUCUUCCACAGGCCAUGGGUGUGCCACCCUACAACCUCCCCCAUCGCUCCGACCGCACGCUCUUCUCCUUGCACUACCCCCAGCGCCCUCUCAUGGCUUCCAAAAUCGCAGAGCUAGCCACGGGCCUGGCAGACUUCCCCAAUGGGCAGAAUGCAAUCGUCGCCAUCAUGAGUGCUGGAUACAAUCAGGAGGAUGCGUUGAUCAUCAACCAGGCGUCAGUCGACAGAGGGCUGUUCGGCAGCACCACCUUCAGAAGCUUCGUGGAAGAGGAGGGCAAGGCUGCUCGGGACAAGGCGGAAGUGACCUGGAGGUUUGGCAAACCGAGCCAGGAUGGAGGACCCGGAGCAGCUUGGGCCGGGGCUGCCGAGCCUGCUGGUUUGGGAGUUGGUGCGGGGGAGAUGGAGGUGGAAGAGGGGGGUGCAAAUGGAUGGGGAGGGAAGGGAGUGGAAGGGGGAGGUGGUGGGGGUUGGGGGAGAGGGAAUGGGGAAGGAGGGGGCGGAGGGGGUUGGGGAGGAGAUGGAGACGGGGGGGGCGGGGCUUGGGGAGGGGGAGGGGGAGAGGCUGGAGGAGCUUGGGGAGGGGGAGGGGGAGAGGCGGAAGGAGCUUGGGGAGGGGGAGGGGGAGAGGCGGGAGGAGGUUGGGGAGGGGGAGGGGAGGGGGAGAUGGGGGCACCGGAUGGGGAGGGGAUGGGGGGACAGGUGAGGCGGGCACGGGGGGAGGAGCGGGAGGAUGGGGAGGAGGAGGUGGGGGAGGGGAAGGAGGAGGUGGAGGAGGAUGGGGAGGAGAGGGAGGAGGGGGAGGAGCGGGAGAAGGGGGAUUAG